UCUCGGACAGCACUGAGUGGAUGCGCUAAGAGUUGCAUAAACGAAUACCCCAUAAUUCUUACAUAACACACGUGAUAUAUAUUAUUUGGGACGCUCUCGCUCGGAUCACUUCGUAAUAAAAGAUUGGACGGCCGUGUGCUUUCAAGUAGUAUAUUUCAGUAUUCACGCACGUAAACUUCCAAGUGCGAUGUCGUGGUUAAUGAACAACAUUCGGGACUGGUUUCUAUCCCUGGUCGUGAGGAUACUCAAGACCGGCCCGAUACCUGGACACGUGGCGUUAGUCUUGGACGGAAACAGGCGUUACGCGCAAAAGUAUAAUAUGUUAACAGGAGAGGGACACUUGAAAGGGAAUGAAAAACUGACCGAUACGAUAAGUUGGUGCAUAGCUCUCGGUGUUACGGAGAUGACGGUCUUUGCUUUUAGCAUAGAGAACUUUAGACGCAGCAAGGAAGAAAUCGACGGACUCAUGAAUCUUGCCAGGCAGACGUUCAAAGAAAUGUUAUUGUUAGAGCAAAGAUUAAUCGCCGCAGACAGAUCGCCAAAGGCCCGAGUGAAAUCGAGACCACCACACACUUUGCCCCUUACCGACAGCUUUACUCCUAGUACGAAUCAGAACAUAAAUAUACAGGGUGGAUAUAACCGGAAUUAAGUUGGCGCUGGAAGUUCAUAUUUUCGUAUAAAACCUAGCUCAAACGAUUGCUCCCGAAUUGCUCCAUUAGAAUCCACAAUUGCUCCACUUUUAAAAUCAAUAGUUUUCAAAAUAUUAAUAAAAAACGUAAAAUUUUUAAUUUUCAAUAAAAAACAUAUUUCUAAUAGCUUUGUGCAAUUCUAACCAGCAUCAAAUGAUUGCUCCUUCAUUGCUCCAUUAGAAUCCACAAUUGCCCCCCUUUUAAAAUAAAUAGUUUCUGAAAUAUUAACAAAAAACUUAAAAUUUUUAAUUUUCAAUAAAAAACUUUUCUAAUAGCUUUGUGCAAUUCUAUCUAGCAUACAACGAUUGCUCUUUAAUUGCUCCUUAUUGCUCCAUCAUUAUUUUAAUUAUUUAUUGCAUAUUUAUAGAAAAAUUAAUAAAUUAAUCAUUUCGCUACUGACGACGCCGCCACCUAUCGGCCGCCUAUCGUAAUUACAUGGCUCUGCAGCAUAAACGGCGGAAAUAUUCAAACGAAACGUAACAGUUCUUUCGUUUACAACUAAUCUCAAAGAGUCUAAUCGACAUUUCCCAUUGAUUUUUGCCUAGAACAAUUGUUCCUCGGUUGCUCCAUAGAAAUGAUCAAUAGCUCCAUGCGUAUAAUUGAUAUUUUUGCAAAAAACCAUUCAUUUCAUUACAAAAACAUAUUUCCCAUAGUCUUCUGCAAGUUUAUUCUACAUAGGACGAUUACUCCUUCAUUGCUUCGCAUUGCUCCAUCGCUAUUUCCACGAUUUUGUGCAUUUUUAUUACAAAUAUUAACAAAUUAAUCAUUUCGCUAGUGACGACCUAGCCAUGUAAUUACGAUAGACGGCCGAUAGUUGGGGCGUUGUCACUUGCGAAAUGAUUACUUUGUUAAUAUUUGUAAUAAAAAUGCACAAAAUCGUGGAAAUAACGAUGGAGCAAUGUGAAGCAAUAAAGGAGCAAUCGUUCUAUGUACAAUAAACUGGCAGAAGACUAUGGGAAAUAUGUUUUUGCAUUGAAAUGAAUGGUUUUUUGCAAGAAUAUCAAUUAUACGCAUGGAGCUAUUGAUCAUUUCUAUGGAGCAACCGAGGAACAAUUGUUCUAGGCAAAAAUCAAUGGGAAAUGUCGAUUAGACUCUUUGAGAUUAGUUGUAAACGAAAGAACUGUUACGUUUCGUUUGAAUAUUUCCGCCGUUUAUGCUGCAGAACCAUGUAAUUACGAUAGGCGGCAGAUAGGUGGCGGCGUCGUCACUUGCAAAAUGAUUAAUUUAUUAAUUUUUUUAUAAAUAUGCAAUAAAUAAUUAAAAUAAUGAUGGAGCAAUAAGGAGCAAUUAAAGAGCAAUCGUU